AUGUCUCAGUCAGCAUUUGUAGGCUCGCCUCCUGCAACAGAAGACGAUGAACGCAUUGUCAGAGGCGUGCUGCGCAUGUAUGGCAUGGCCAAUGCAAACGUUAGUCAAGGCCUCUUCUUUUCUAUCCAACGACCCGAGAACCCACCCGACGAGACGAAAGUGCCUUCGAUCCUAGCGGGGAUGAUCAUCGUGAUUCUGGCGAUCGUUGUACCGACUGUAGCGAGGAUCAUGAUUCGACUCAAGGGCGCGAGAACACAGUUUGGUCUUGAUGACUGGGCUAUCAUUUGCGCUGCUUCUUUGGCGACGGUUUAUCCUGUUCUUGUCAUUGCGAUGUUAUUCCAAACCGGCGCUGGGAAACACACGUACGAAUCCACCUACGAACAAUAUAACCUCUACAUGUACUACUUGACAGUCUGCAAGAUCAUCUUUUACGUUGCUGUCGGCCUCAUCAAGGUGUCGAUCACGCUAUUCGUUCGUCGUCUUGCCGACCGAGCUUCCAAGAAAUGGAGGCUAUUUGCGGAUUUCUUUCUGGGCACGGUCGUUAUCUACAUCCUUCUCGCCAUUUUCUGGAUGCUCUUCUCGUGCAGACCGCUCGGCUCGAUGUGGGACAAAAAGUAUGCUGGUUCCCUGGAGGAAGCACCAGUUUGUGUGGAUUCAAUCUUCCAGAACAAGUUUCUUAGCAGCAUGCACGUUGCACAGAAUAUCGUCCUUCUCCUCGCACCAAUCGUUAUCCUUUGGUAUGUCAAGAUCAACAAGUCCAAGAAAGCCCGCCUCUUCUUCAUCUGGCUCGUCGGCGGCACGACAGUCCUAGGCGGCCUUCUCCAACAAACCAUGAUCACAAUCACCAACGACUCAUGCUGGCAAUUCACAUCCGCCAUGCGCUGGACAGUGAUGGAUCUUACUUUUGGCACGCUAGCAGCGUCGCUGCCGGUGCUGGACGCGGCCAUCAUGGGCACCUGGAGUUCGCUAAAGACAAAGAUUGGAGCGUCGGGGUCUCACUCGCGAUCUCGAACGCAAGGGUGGACUGAUUUGGAACAUGAUACCAGGAACACGACUACGAUUCGCAGGGCUUCGGUGGAGGAUUCGGAGUCGAUUGAGAAUAUUAUGGGGAAGGACAAGGGUAUGGAGAUGGGAAUUUUGAGGACGGAUGAGGUGCAGCUUACGUAUGAUGAGGAGAGUACAUCGAGAGGUUUCCAUGCGAGAUAG